CUCUUCAACGCGCAAGUGAACUGACAUAACUUCUAUAAAUCAUAAACAUUCAUUAAAAACAAGUGAAUUUACAAAGAAAAUGGGUUCGCUAGAGAAUCCUCUUGUUUAUUGUGAUACAGUGAAGAAUUUAAUUGAGCAAAUUCGAAGAAUUCACGAUGAAUUAGUUGAUCACGAAAACACAAUUCCCAAAUGUGAAACUUGUCGGCUGAACUACACGGAAUUCGAUGCGAUAAAAUCUCAACUAUACCCUUUUGUGCAGAACGACGCGGCUCCCAAGUUUGGGGAAGAAUUCAACAAUCUCGAGAAUAUCCAGACUGAAGAAAAUACAGAUGAGGAGCUACUCUCCUUGGAAAUUGUGAAAGAAGAGACAAGAAUAGAGUCCAAAGAUGAAACAUUUCAACAAACGAUCAACACAGUUCCGGAUGCUACGCCAGAGAAGAAACCCAAGAGGAGCAGAAUAAUGUGCCAUAUCUGCAACAAGUCUUUCUACAAGAAAAAGUGUCUUGCAGCACAUCUUGAGCAGCAUCUGAUAGAUCCGAAAGAAAGAUUGUCUUGCCAGUAUUGCGAAAAGAUCUUUGUUCACAAAAAACCUCUUAAGGCUCAUUUAGCUCAACAUACUGGACUCAAACUGUUCAAAUGCCAGUAUUGUAACAAGGCGUUUAAAACAUGGGAGUACUAUAUGUCUCAUUGGAAGAAUCACAGGAAGGAAUCAGAUGUGGAAAAUCAAGAGAUCCAGCCCAGGAAUAAUAUUUCAACAGAAGAAUCUUCAGCGGAUCCUGCAAAAGUACGUCAGCUGAGAACAUAUUCAACAAAGAAACCCGCGCAACAAAAAUCACACGAGGAAAUUAAAGGAAAUUGUCUUAAAGGAGAGAAACCUGUAAAAACAUUUGAGUGUUCGUAUUGUGGACAAAAUUUUAACGAAAAACAAGAACUUCUCUGCCACAUUAAGCAUCAUAUUAGAAGAACAAGGACAAUUACGGAUUUAACUAAUCAUGAUAAAUUGUCCGACGGAGAAAAAGGCACAUUUCAGUGCAUUCAUUGUGAGAAGCAAUUCACCAGUUUCAAGUUGAUUUGCAAGCAUUAUAAAACGAAGCAUUCAAAUUUAACAGGUCCAACAAAAACAUUUGCUUGCGAGCUUUGUGGUCUUUCACUGGCAGAUUCGAAAAAGCUUAAAAAUCACAUAUCGCUACACUUUGAUGAUAAACCGUAUAAAUGCAAUGUGUGCAACAAGAGAUUUCGCCUGCCAAGACUUCUAAAGCUGCAUUGUCGAAUUCACAUUCCCAAAUCUCAGCGGACUGAUCUUUAUCACUGCGAUAAGUGCGAUAAAAGGAAUUUUUCUUCAGCAGUAACACUAUGGAAACACAAACGCAUUCAUAAUGGUAAAAUUACGGAGAAGUUCUGCAAAGUUUGCAAUAAACGAUUCAUUAAUUCGAAUUUACUUGAAAAGCACAUGCUUAAACAUAAGAAUGAAGCACCUAGACCUUAUAAGUGUGAUUUGUGUGGAAAAUCAUUUAAAAUCCUUAAGGAAUUCAAUCGGCACAAGAAGAGGCAGCAUGGAAUUUUAACUGAAGAAAUGUUAAAAUUAAUAGAGAUAAAGAAGAAACAAGAUUUACUUAAAAAAAAAUUUCAAAUAAAAUCCUGAAAAAUA